AUGAUUGUAACAACAAUGAUACCAGCAUAUAUGAGUGAAGUUAAAAGUGAUGGUGGAAAUCAUCUUUAUUUUUCAUAUCCGACACCAGUUGCUACCAAUAUGGUACCAGCCAAUUUUACAGCUUAUAGUAUGCCAAUGCCACCAGCAUAUGAAGCCGCAACUGUUGUUAAUAUCGCAAAACAGCAGGAGGAAAACUUUCCAACAAUCAUUUCCAUCCCUACAACAUCAUGUUCUAUCACAUCUGCUUCAACUUCAACAUCACAACAAGAACAAGAACAAGAACAAGAACAACAACAACAACAAAGAUUACAACAACGUAGAUCGAUCGUUCCAGUGGAUGAAGAAGCUCGCAAAAAAUAUCGUGAACGACGUGACAAAAAUAACUUAGCGGCAAAAAAGUCGAGAAGUAAUCGACGAGAGAGAGAGAAGAUGAUGCAACGUAAAGUUGAUGAGCUGGAGAAGGAAAAUGAAGCAUUACGUGCUCAAUUGGCGAUUUAUACGCAACAAUUAGAUUACGCUCGAAAAGAGUAUGAAAGACAAUUAUCAUUAUCUUAUACAGCUCAACAACAAGGAAUGCUACUCCGCGAUAAUCCAGCUAAUUUGAUACCAACAACUCAACCAGCACCUAUACUAUAUCCUUCAUUUUCUCAGCAAACUGUUACCUGA